CCAGCUUUGUAUUGAAAAUUAAAGGCAUGCCUCGGUUGAUCACAAUUCACAUUUAUGCAUACUAAAUGAUGUAUUCAAAGCCUAAAGGUUUCUUUAUUUCCUUCUAAUUGGCUUAUUUAUGACUAUUACACUUAGAUCAAGUAUUUCGGAAUGAAGAAAGGCUUAUUUACUCCGACUGUGACAAUUCAGAUUGCACACACACACACCUGGGCCUGUCAAAUUUUAUGUUUAUGAUUCCUAGGUUGAAAUUAAGGCUAAUUGCUACUACAACACAUUCAUUACAAAUUCACUCAAAGUGCCGGCAUUCUUCUAGUCUAGCGAUUCAACAAUGUCUGCAUACGAUUGACGUCUAUAAUUCAGAAAUCAACGCCUUUAUCUCAAUAAAUGAUAGAAAAUUACUAGAGGAAAAGGCAAAAGAAUCAGACCAUAGACGCGAACAAGGACAAUCUAUUGGACCUCUGGAUGGUGUACCUAUUGCAAUAAAGGACAAUCUAUGUACAAGCACUCUUCCAACCACCUGUGCUUCCAACAUGUUAAAGGAUUUUACAUCCCCUUAUGAUGCAACAGUAGUUCAAUUACUUGAUAAAGCAGGUGCAUUAAUUGUAGGAAAGACUAAUAUGGAUGAGUUUGGGAUGGGUUCAGCAAAUAGACACAGUGCAUUUGGACCAGUUAUUAACCCACACAGCUUAAACCAAGAGAAUAAACGAUUAGCAGGUGGAAGUUCUGGAGGAAGUGCAGCAAGUGUAGCAAUGAAUAUGUGUAGAGUUUCUUUAGGUUCAGACACGGGUGGAUCAGUGAGAAUGCCAGCUUCAUAUUGUGGUAUUGUUGGUUUUAAACCAUCCUAUGGUCGAUGUUCACGCUAUGGACUAGUAGCCUAUGCUAAUUCACUGGAUACGAUUGGAAUAUUAUCAAGAACAGUCGAGGACUGUGCCGAUGUUUAUAAUGCUAUUUCUAAAUAUGAUGCAUUGGAUCCUACAUCGAUGCCUUUGGAAUUAAGAGAUGAAAUAGAUGAAAAAGAUAAGGAAUUGGCAUCAAAGUGGGAAAAAGAUCUGAGUGGUCUUGUCGUGGGCAUUCCACAAGAGUUUUAUGUGGACUCAUUAUCACCCAAAGCGAUCAGUGCGUGGAGAGAAGGCAUUGAUCGAUUUAAACAACUUGGAGCCAAGAUUAUAACAGUAUCCAUGCCACAUACACCUUUGGCUUUACCUGCUUAUUAUAUCAUUGCAUUAGCAGAAGCAAGCUCUAAUUUAGCAAGAUACGAUGGUGUGAAGUAUGGUCAUCGGAGUGCAACAGAAGGACAAGAUGAGGAUCAAUUAUUAUUUGCGAGUACACGCACACAAGGAUUUGGUGCUGAGGUUCAAAGGCGCAUAUUGCUUGGGACUCAUGUCCUUACGGCUGGGACUUAUGAAACUUUAUUUUUACCAGCACAAAAGGCAAGGAGACUCAUCCAACAAGACUUUAAUCAUGUCUUUUGUCAGCCUAAUCCAUUGAUGACACAUGAAUGUGGUCAAGCUCAUUUGAUACUCAUACCAAGUGCAACAGGUGAUGCACCUACACUGAAAGAACAAGGGAUGAAUGAAUAUAUCAAUGAUGUGAUGACUUUACCUGCUAAUUUAGCUGGUGUACCUGCAAUUACAGUGCCAUUCAUCAAGGAUGAUCAUCCAAUAGGUCUACAGCUCAUGAGCCAAUAUGGUUACGAUCAAUUCUUAUUGUCAAUGGCUCAAAAGAUACAAUAAUUCAUUUUUUUUUUCUUAAAAGCGGGAUUCCUAUUUAACUGUG